AUGGAUGUAUUUUUAAUGAUCAGAUGCCAUAAGACGACCAUCUUCACAGAUGCUAAAGAGUCUACUACAGUCUACGAGCUGAAGCGGAUUGAUGAAGGCAUCUUGAAGAGGGCACCUGAAGAACAAAGGCCUUAUAAGGAUGACUUGGUGCUGGAUGACAGUAAAACACUUGGAGACUGGGGGAUCACAAAUCAGACAGCCAGACCCCAGGCCCCAGCUACUGUUGGAUUAGCCUUUCAUCUUAGUGAUGAUUCAUUUGAGCAGCUGAAGAUUGAGGUUUUCUCCAGCCCCCCAGAGCUUCCUGACGUCAUGAAGCCCCAGGAUUCAGGCAGCACAGUCAAUGAACAGGCUGUUCAGUGA